AUGCCGACUACGAUUCCGGCGAAACCCAUUUUUACAUCAUCUUCGGAGGCCGUUCACACAGAUCUAGUACCACUUCAUAUUCCUUCUAGUCCGGGGUCCUCGCACAUCCCCCCUGUUAUCUCUUCUAAAAUUCUCCGGACUACGAAUAAGACCUCUCCAUUUACUACAACCUCCGAGAAUGUGUUUCAAUCUGGGUCUUCUCUUGGCCAGCCGGUCUCCUCAGCAUUCAAGCCUUUGCCUUCAUCUCUAGGCUUGCCAGGCAUUUCAGACUCUGGACACGGAUUUUCUCUAGGCCCUUUGGUCUUGCCUCCUCCGCCGUCUCCAGUUAUUCCACAAACUUCUGUAUCUGUCGACAUUUAUGUUGAUAGACCUCUUCCACCUCCUAUGGUAUAUAAUAGCUCAUGUAAUCAGUUAUCUUCAUCGUCACCACCGCCUUCUCUACCGGCUCCGCCCACCACAGCUCGUUUAAAGCACUUGCCAAAUGCAUCUCCUGGAGAGACAAUGGGCCGUUUUCUUAUCAGCCUCACAUGUGUUGGCUCAGCCGGGCUUCAUUCAGCGUCUGGACAUGAAUCAGUUAGCUCCGACGAGUUAGUGACUUGUGAGGAAUCGAGUAAUUCACUGCUUGGUCGGAACAGUACGCAAGACCUCGCCAUGGCUCCGCCUAGCUCUCUAAAUGAGAAGCAUUUGUCUACCACACUUACAGGCAAACAGGCUCCGCUGGCACUAGUCGACUUUCGCGAUGAACUUCGCAGUCGUCUUCAACAGCAGCAACAGUUGAAGAACACUGGUCAGCAAGCAGGUCGGGCAUCUAUUAUGUCUCUGGCUCGCUCGGAACCAACGAAUGAGAAGAUAGCUCAUGGAUCGGCAGGUUUCUCACUUCCACGUCUCAAGCCGACUAUCAGUAUCAACGUUAAGAGCACACCUUCCAUCGUCACUAAUGCCUGUACGAUUGUUCCGGCCAGUCUCACUUCUAGUGACAAAACAACAUCUAACUCGGUCUCACCAAUUAAUAACACUUGUAGCUCUAACAAUUUUGUACCGUCACGAGCCGCAUUUAUUUCCUAUUCUUCACUAAUACCCACUUCCAAGUCUUCGGCUGCAGCCUCUUUAUCCAAAUCUCUAGCUAUCAACACAAGCAUUUUGAUGCAACCCGACCAGUUGGAUGCUGAAUGUGACAAUGCGCCUCCUGUUAUUGGGUCUUCCAGCAUUCCAAUCAUUAUUGGCUCCGUUAGCAACACUAUCUCAACCACCACUUUACCAAUUGAUGCAAGCUCCACUACAGCGAAUAAUAUUGCAGCCCCUUUUGCAUCGCCUGUAGGGGGCGAAUUAAGUGAAGUCGGACCAAAGGAGGAUUUGCCUCUGCAGCAGCGCUCUUUGCUACUGUCGCCAUUAACUACUGCUUCAGCUGGUUCUUUACUUGACUCUCGUUUGCUGCGGCCUUCGGCUUUGCGCAAAAAUCCUACAAUUCUGCCUAUAUCCAUAAAUACGGGUCUUAAACUGACUGACUCUGGCUUCUGCAGAGGCACAGGUGAUGGCAGCUAUAACAAAUCAUCGUCAGAUCAUGGUCCUGAGUCGAGACUAUGUUUUAGACCAGAGAAAACUGCAGUCUUGGAGAAGCGCAUGAGUUGGACAGGACCGCCACCUCACAACUCUGGGCGCCAGCCACCAGAAAAUGCUCUCCGUACACAUUUGCCACCUAUCCUUUCCACUUCAAUCUCUGAAUUAGCUUCAACCAAUUUUCCUAUCUCUACUCCUAACACUGUUUCUAUUACAGCUGGUGAUAUUCCCACACAUCAUCAUCUUGUUUGCAAGUUAACCUGCUUGUUGACAAAUCUCACUGAGCUAACUCGCUCUACAACCCCUGCUCCAAACAGCGACCUUGUUAACAUAGCCGACUUGAUUGAAGCUUCCAGGCUUGCAGUGCUUUCAUACCUUAAUGAUUUGGCACUGGAGACUACUGAAGCAGCCUCAAAGCCCAUAAUGAAUGAUGGUAGAUCGGGUGAGGAUAGUCUAGACUUAACUUCCUCCAAUGUUGUCUGUUCGGCACACGCAAAAUUCCAACUACGUGACAGAGCCUCUCGGUUACUUGUCGUUGGCACCGAGUUGAAGCGGAUCUCGCGGGCUGGUCAGACUCCAGGUGCCGACUUGGCUUUAACUGCAGCAAAACGAGCCAUCGAAGAGCUCAUCGCCGCAGUACACAGAUUCUCUCCGGUGCCAACAACCUUAGCAGCAAUUUCGCCCUCUGCAGCGGUAUUAUCUCUGGCAUCAGCCGUGACAGUCAGCGACAAAAGGUCGUAA